AUGCCAAUUCGAAGGGGUCACGUCGCUCCCCAGAACACCUUCCUCGACACCAUCAUCCGCAAACUAGAGGGUCGCAAUCGGACGUUUCUCAUUGGCAAUGCGCGAGUGGUGAACUGUGCCAUCAUCUUCUGUAACGAUGCUUUCUGUGAGAUGUCUGGCUAUUCUCGAGCGGAGGUGAUGCAGAAACCAGCCUGUUGUGACUUCCUCCAUGGCCCAGGGACCAGGAAGACAGCCAUCUCUCAAAUCAGGCAGGCCCUGGGCAGCUCCGAAGAGAGAAAGGUGGAGCUCUCUCUCUACAGGAAGAAUGGUUCCUGCUUCCUGUGCCUAGUGGAUGUUGUUCCUGUUCGGAGUGAGAAUGGUUCUGUCAUCAUGUCCAUCUUGAAUUUCGAGGUAACGUUGGAGAAAUCGCUGCUGGACUCUCUGGACACCAACUGGAAUGAGAAGUUCCUGUCCCCGUGGUGUGCUGCAGGUCCGAGGCGGAACUUUCAGUUCCGACUGCCAUACCUGGGCUCGGCGAGUGUGGGGAAGUUGACGUUAGCCCAGGAGGGAGCAGGCCAAGGCUUGUUGAACCUGUCCAGAGCGAGUAGUGAGUCUGUGGCUGUGGAGGGUCAGAGCCAGACCGAGGAACUCCUAGCACUGGACCCUGACGCUGAGGGAGAUCCUGAACCCUCCUCCGUCACUCAGCCCCUGAACAGGCAGCUUUCCAGCUCCACCUCCACUCUCUGUCCCAGUGCCACCCCUUCCCAGGAGAGUUCCUACAGCUUCCGCCAUAUCUCUUCGCUCGAUGACAUCGAAAAGACGAGGGAAGGUGGGCUCAGAGGGUUCCGGAGCCGGCACUCCAGCACAGGCACAGUGAAUCAUGUGACGGUCACCCCAAACCUGGUCAAUUCCACUUCGGACUCUGACCUGGCGAAAUAUCGAACCAUCAGCAAAAUCCCCCAAAUCACACUCAACUUUGUGGAUUUUAAAGGUGAGAACUUCAUCCUGUCAUCUCCGGGAGAGAGAGAGAUCAUAGCGCCAACAAAGGUGAAGGAGCGAUCCCACAACGUGACUGAGAAGGUGACUCAGGUGCUGUCCCUUGGUGCUGAUGUUCUGCCUGAAUAUAAACUCCAGGCCCCACGCAUUCACAAAUGGACCAUCCUUCACUACAGUCCCUUUAAGGCUGUUUGGGAUUGGCUGAUUCUGCUGCUUGUUAUUUACACAGCUAUCUUUACUCCAUACUCUGCUGCGUUCUUACUGAACGACCAGGAGGAGGUGAACCGCCGAGAGUGUGGGUAUUCCUGUAACCCCCUGAACGUGGUGGAUCUGAUUGUGGACAUCAUGUUCAUCAUUGACAUCCUCAUCAACUUCCGGACCACAUACGUGAACAGUAAUGACGAGGUGGUCAGUCAUCCUGUCAGCAUCGCCGUCCACUACUUUAAGGGUUGGUUCCUCAUUGACAUGGUGGCUGCCAUCCCCUUCGACCUGCUCAUCUUCCGCUCGGGCUCCGAUGAGAGGACCAUCCUGAUUGGUCUGUUGAAGACAGCACGUCUGUUACGAUUGGUUCGAGUUGCUCGGAAACUUGACCGUUACUCUGAGUAUGGAGCUGCUGUCCUGUUCCUGCUGAUGUGUACCUUCGCCCUGAUUGCUCAUUGGCUGGCGUGCAUCUGGUACGCCAUCGGCAACAUGGAGAGAACGUUUCUGCAGCCGAAGAUUGGUUGGUUGGAUUCUCUCGGUGAGCAGAUUGAUAAGCCUUACACCGAGAACGAUACAUCAUCAGGUCCCAGUAUCAAGGACAAGUAUGUCACUGCGCUAUACUUCACCUUCAGCAGCUUGACCAGUGUGGGAUUUGGCAACGUCUCUCCCAAUACCAACUCCGAGAAGAUCUUCUCCAUCUGUGUGAUGCUGAUUGGCUCUCUGAUGUACGCCAGUAUUUUUGGGAAUGUGUCUGCGAUAAUCCAGCGACUGUACUCGGGCACUGCCAGGUAUCACACACAGAUGCUCCGGGUUCGGGAAUUCAUCCGGUUCCAUCAGAUUCCCAACCCGUUGCGGCAGAGAUUGGAGGAAUAUUUCCAACACGCCUGGUCCUACACCAAUGGCAUCGAUAUGAAUGCAGAGGUGUUGAAAGGGUUUCCCGAGUGUCUCCAGGCUGAUAUCAGUGUGUACCUGAACCGAAGCCUGCUCUAUCACUGUAAGGCCUUCAGAGGUGGGACGAACGGCUGCCUACGUGCCCUGGCGAUGAGGUUUAAGACGACCCACGCUCCCCCAGGGGACACCCUGGUCCAUGCAGGAGAUGUCCUCACCGCCCUGUACUUCAUCUCCAGGGGCUCUAUCGAGAUCCUAAGGACGGACGUGGUGGUGGCUAUCCUGGGUAAGAAUGACAUUUUUGGGGAACCAAUCAAUAUGCACGCCCGCCCCGGCAAGUCAAACGCUGACGUACGUGCACUGACCUACUGUGACCUUCACAAAAUCCAGCGCGAGGACCUGCUCGAGAUACUGGACAUGUAUCCCGAAUUCUCAGACCACUUCUGGUCCAACCUGGAGAUCACCUUUAACCUGCGCGAUACCAACAUGAUUCCAGGCUCCAACUCCAGCAGUGAAUCCGAUGGGGGUUUUCACCACUCGCAGAAACAGAAGUUGUCAUUCCGAAGACAGACAGAACAUGACAGUGAUGGGUGUAGACCGGACUCCCAGAACCCCCCACAGACAGCAGACAGUCUGGACCUGGGUUACCUGUUCCGACACGGAGUGGAGAAUGAACAGAGUGGCAUUGCCUCGGUUUCCCCGUUGAGCAGUGAAGGGCAGAGACCUGGAACUUCUGACAUCAUUCAAUAUUCACCAGCCAAGGCAACAGCUGGGAACACGGACACCUCCUUUGUACCUGGGGAGGACACAGACAGUGAUAGGGACCGUGACGAUGGCUAUAAUCCAGAGUCAGGGGCCUUUGCCAGUGUUUCCAACGUGUUCAGUUUCUGGGCAGAUACCAGUUGUGCCCAGUACCAGGAGGUGCCCCUGACAGCAGUGCCCAGAGCCAGUCCGUCUGAACAGCCAGCCUCAGCACUUGGCACGAGACACUGGACUGAGAUUAACUCACAGCUGCGGCUGAUCCAUAACCAGAUAAACAGGCUGGAGUCCCGCCUGACGGUGGAUUUGAACACGUUGCUGCAGUUGGUGCUGGUCCCCCCCACGUCCGGCUCCGUCUCACCCCCCAGCAGCUGCCAGGACCCCCCUACCCUGGGGGGGGGCACUCAGGUCUCUGAUCUAUCAGGACGUCAGUUUGAAAUGAUCCCUCAGAAAUCGAGUCAGUCUCUCGGUGCUGGCAUGGAGCUGGCCUGUGACACUAUGGGAUCUUCCUGUGUAGAUCGGAACAUGGUGGGAGUGCUCAGGAAGGAGAGUGGGUUUGAAGUCGGAAGCUGGGAUGGUGUGCAGUCGGCACAUUGGUUUGAUGGAGAUCGGCGUCUUUCUCUGCCCGAACACCGGAGAGAGCCCAGCCCCAGACCCAGACCCAGCCCGAGCUCCCAGAGAUACCCCUCAAUCCCAGGGGACUCCUGA